AUGGCCUCUUCUGCUGACUCGCGUACUCAGUCGGCCCCACCGCCUGCGACGAAUGAGCUUUUGUUAAGUCUGAUCGAGCAGAUGAAGCUGUCUGACUCAAAGAUCUCUGCGUUCAUUGAGAGUCAGCAGCGAACUAAUGAGGUAAUUAACAGUAAGCUCGAUCUGAUUAAUAGCUUAUCCGAGACCGUAGCUAAUAACACUCAGCGAAUUUCCUCCUUGGAACUCGAGAACGCGGCCCUUAAGAGGGAACUGCAUGAGCUAAAAACGACUCGCUUGGAUCGGCAGGAUGACAAUGCCAGUGAGAUUAUUGUGUCUGGGUUGCCGGAACCGCUUUCUGUUGCUCCUUCUGCAGUUGCUCGUAACGUGCUGGUAGCGCUCGGUGCUCCAGAUAUUUCGCCUCAUAUCCUGAACGUAAGAGCUGUCCGUAGAUCUCUCCCUGACUCUGCUUCUACUCCUUCUAGUGCUUCUGUAGUUAAGAACUCGCUCAUUAUCACUGUGACCUCCAACUCUGUCCGUGAUUUAAUAAUAUCGAAAAAACGAGCUAAGGGUGUCCUUAGGCAGGGAGAGGUUUGCGGAAAUGACUCCAAAACCGUCGUUCACAUUAACGAACUACUCUCUAAGGAUUGCUAUGAGUUGCUGCAACAGACAAAGCGUUUAGCUAGGGAGCGGGCAUUUAGCAAGGCGUUUGACACAGUACCACAUCUCAGACUUCUGAUUAAACUCAAAGAAUUGGGUUUUUCUGACCCCACUCUUAUCUGGCUUUUCUCAUACCUUACCGGUCGCUCUCAGGCUGUCGCUGAUGAUGAGGGUAACCUUUCCUCUUGGCUUAUUACUCUGUGUGGUGUUCCGCAGGGCUCUGUCCUCGGUCCACCUUUGUUCACUCUUUACAUUAAUGACAUUGAUGCAAACGCUAUCUUCGACUAUGCAAAUGUCAAUGGUUUGAAACUGAACCCUGCAAAAUCCAAAGUCAUUAUUUUUGGCAGUGGAAUAAAUAUCAACAAUAUUGAUUUGAAUGCAUUACCACCUAUUAUUGUUAACCACACGCCUUUGCCAUAUAGAGUUCAUCAUGCGUUGUAUAAACUGAAAUUCAGUAAGAAUUCUCUUUCCACCGAACUUAGAAUCAAGCUGGUAACAUCUCUGGUACUACCCCACUUGGACUACUGCUGCCUUGUCUAUCAUGGCUUGAGCAAGGAACUUAAUCUGAAGUUACAGAGACUU